GAAACAACAUUUCUGGAAUAUACGAAGUUCAACCCAAAAUGUCUGAAAAACCGUUUAUGGUUUUAUGUGAUAUGGAAACUAUGGGUGGAGGAUGGACACAUAUACAAAAACGAUUUGAUGGUUCUCAAGACUUCUAUUUGGGAUGGCGAGAGUAUAAAUUCGGAUUUGGAAACCUUAGAGGAGAAUUCUGGCUGGGACUUGAAAAUAUAUAUCUUUCAACGGCUGUAGAAGGUACAGAGUUACUGGUCGAAAUAGUCGAUAGAGACAAUGUGAAAGCUCAUGUCCGCUAUAAAGCAUUUGCGAUUGGGUCUGAGGCAGAAGGAUAUCCACUGAAGGUAUUGAAAGAUUUUACGGGAGAUGCCGGCGACUCACUAGUCGGACACUUGGGAGCAAAAUUCACAACGAAAGAUUUUGACCAAGACAAAAAUGCAGGAAAUUGUGCUAUUUUAUUCAGUGGUGCAUGGUGGUAUACCGAUUGUCACUCUAGUAAUCUCAAUGGAAAAUACCGAAAUAGUGUUCUUUCAGACCAAUAUAAAUACCAAGGAAUACAUUGGCACACAUUUCGAAAUCAUGAAUAUUCUCACGCCAAAUCUAGGAUGUUGAUUAGAUCAGUUUAAUUCUGAAUGAGGAAGGUCAAAUACUUCCUUAAUUUGAAUUUGUAUGGAAUUUGAAUAAACUAUAUAUAUA